AUGCUCUCCAGGAACGCCAGCGCCGCUCCAGCCACGUUCCCGCUCGCACCUCCGCUGCCACCGCCGCGUGUAGUUCAGCCGCUGCCACCGCCGCCGGCCGCCCCGUACAACAAGUACAACCACGCCGUGGCGGCACCCGUGCUCGGUGUCCAGAUCAGAUCGGUCACGGCGGCGAACUACGAAGCGGAGCUGGACGCCAUCGGCUCCUUGCUCGCGAGGUACCCCUUCGUCGCCAUCGACACGGAGUACCCGGGCACCGUCCACCGCCCGCCCCCCGGGAGAAGCGAGGCCCAGCUCGCCCCGCCCGAGCGGUACGCGCUCCUCAAGGCGAACGUCGACGAGCUGCCCGCCGUGCAGCUCGGGCUCAAGCUCUGCGACGACAGCGACGGCGGCCGCCCGCUCGAGGUCGCGUGGGAGGUGACCUUCUCGGACUUCGACGCCCGCCGCGACCGCCACGCCCCGGAGUCCGUCGCGUUCCUGCGGUCGCGCGGCGUCGACUUCGACCAGUCCCGCGCGCGCGGCGUGGCCUCCGCGGCGUUCGCGGCCAAGCUCGCCGCCGUCCAGUCGUCGACGCUGCGGGGCGAGCUGACGUGA